AUGAGCGGCGUAGACUUCAAUCAGGACGACCUCGACUACCUCGCGUCGCGUUCAGGUCCUUCGACCCCCGGUCGUCCAAGUUCCUCGAGCUCUGGCACCGAUGGCAAAGGCAGAGACGUAGAACGGGGUUCGCGCUCGACCGUACCCAGCGAACAUGCCGAUCCCUACUCGUUACGUGACGGAUACAAGACGCCUGAAGACCUUGGCACCCUCAAGAAGGCUAGGUCAGGUCGAGCAGUUAGCAAGUUCUACGAGAAGCAGAAUGAUCUCAUCGCAUCUCUCCUCAAGCCGAUGGAGGAACACACGGAAGACGCGAAGCAGGAGCAAGGCUCUUCGCAAGCACAGGUUCGAAUCGCUAUCUGGGCGAGUCUGCUUGCCAACAUCUUCCUUUGCGUUCUGCAAAUGUACGCUGCCAUCGCUUCCGAAUCUUUGUCUCUUCUCUCCACCGGUAUCGAUGCCGUCUUCGACAUGAGUAGCAACAUGUUGCUAUUCUGGCUUCACCACAAGGCCGCUCACAUGGAUAAGAACAAGUGGCCUGUGGGCGGCGCCCGCCUCGAGACGAUUGGUAACAUUCUCUACGGUUUUCUCAUGGGUUCCGUGAACAUUGUCGUCUUCAUUGAAUCCGCGCGUAGCAUUAUUGCCCGUGAAAGCGACGAAGACACGAAUGUGCUUCAUCUCGCGUCGCUCAUCGAGGUGUCCGCAGCGUGGGGCGUCAAGCUUCUCCUUUUCUUGUACUGCUAUUCCCUGCGCAAGCAAUCUAGCCAAGUUCAAGUCUUGUGGGAGGACCACAGGAAUGACUUGUGGAUCAAUGGUUUCGGUGUCAUCAUGUCCGCGGGCGGUAGCAAGAUCAUUUGGUAUCUUGACCCCCUCGGUGCCAUGCUCAUUGCCCUCUUUGUCAUUAUCUCUUGGGGAAGCACUAUUUAUGAGCAAUUUGAACUCCUCGCCGGGAAAUCCGCCCCGCAUGAGUUCAUCCAGCUCAUCAUCUACAAGGCCGUGACCUUCAGCGACGAGAUCGAGAAAAUUGAUACCGUGCGAGCCUACCACAGCGGACCUGACUACUUCGUUGAGCUGGACGUCGUCAUGAGCGCGGACACGCCCCUGUGGAAGGCGCACGACGUUGCUGAGAAACUGCAGGACAAGAUAGAAGCGCUCCCAGGCGUUGAGCGUGCCUUCGUGCACGUCGAUCAUGAGACGUCCCACGCGCCUGAGCAUGGCAAAUAUCGCGAUUAGCAUUGCAUCGUGCGGUCUUCCGAGAACAUGAUACCAUCCCCAUCUCACGCAGGGGCAAAGAUUGACAGAUGAUAUUCUCAGUUUCCUGGUAGAUAUC